AUAGAUAUCUAUCUCAACCUAAUCAAUAAUAAUCAACCCUACAAAAUCUCAACUGUAUUGCUCGGUUGAUAUAAUGGCUCUCCUUAUUCAAAGCAAGCUGGUCUUGAUCGCAGUGCUAUCCGUUACUCUCUGGGCUACGCUGUGCUUGUCGAGGUCGGUACAUGAAGAUUCCAUGGAGGUGAGUCAUGAAAUGUGGAUGAACCAGCAUGGCCGUGUCUACAAAGACAAUGCAGAGAAAGAGAAGCGGUUUCAGAUAUUCAAGCAGAAUGUCGAAUUCAUCGAGUCGUUUAACAAGGCUGGGACUAAGGCUUACAAGGUGGGAGUCAAUGCAUUUGCAGACUUAACUAAUGAUGAGUUUAAGAGCUCAAGAAAUGGAUAUAGAAGUUAUGCUAGCUAUGGGCCAUUGAUGGUGAGAUCAUCAUCGUCGUUUAGGUAUGAAAAUGUCACUGCAGCGCCUACUUCCAUGGAUUGGAGACAAAAAGGAGCGGUUACUCCCAUCAAAGACCAGGGCCAAUGUGGAUGUUGCUGGGCAUUUUCAGCCGUGGCAGCAAUGGAAGGCAUCACAAAACUCUCAACAGGAAAACUAAUCUCUCUAUCCGAACAAGAGCUAGUCGACUGCGACACAAGCGGCGAAGAUCAAGGUUGCGAAGGCGGUUUAAUGGACAACGCAUUUCAAUUCAUCAAACAAAACGGAGGACUAACCACCGAAGCCAAUUACCCAUACCAAGGAACAGAUAGCACCUGCAACUCGGGCAAGGCAAGUAACAACGCAGCCAAGAUCAAUGGUUACGAAGAUGUGCCAGCCAAUGAUGAAAACGCACUCCUAAAAGCCGUAACCAAGCAGCCAGUUUCGGUUGCCAUUGACGCUAGUGGCUCUGCAUUUCAGUUCUACUCCGGCGGAGUGUUUACCGGAGAUUGUGGAACGGAGCUGGACCAUGGUGUAACGGCGGUAGGGUAUGGAGAAAGUGAUGGGAGCAAGUUUUGGUUGGUGAAGAACUCGUGGGGAAGUUCAUGGGGUGAAGAUGGAUAUAUAAGAAUGCAGAGAGAUAUUGAUGCUAAAGAAGGUCUUUGUGGAAUUGCUAUGGAACCUUCUUAUCCAACUGCUUAGAACUUUCUAUAAAUGAUUUAAUUUGAAAAUGGUGUGUAAAAAUAUAAGUUGUUUCUUUCAUUUGGGUGUAAUUUUAUAUGUAAAGUUGUUGUAUUUGGUGUUUCUACUUAUGUAUAUAUGUAAAGGAAAAAUAUA